AUGAGAUUGGCUGCUUAUUAUUGCUCCAUUUUACGUGAAUACGUCAAUGGAAGCCACAUCUACUUCAAAACUACCUUCAUCGCAACCACUACCUGCAAAAAGACCAACGAUUUUCCCCGUAAACUGUCCAGAGAAAUACGGUCAACUGCCAGUCAACUCUUUCUAUCGAGAAUCAACCCAUCUGCAGUCGUAGUGAACCCGACUGCCAGUUCUACAGUUCCUUCGCCUACUAUACCCAGCAUUAGCUUAGAUGCAGCAUCUGCAAACAGUGGAUACAGUUCGUCUGCACUGUUGAUGGAUACAUUCAAACUUGGUACAGGCAUUACUCUUUCUAGAACCUCGACAGAUCCAGAUACACCAUCGUCCACUCAUAGUCUACGCACCCGCAAUAUGGGCAGUAGUGGAACAACCAAUGCUGGGUUUACACUAUCGGCUCCUACAUCGCAGCAUACGACAUUGUUGCGUGGUGUGUCCAAUGCAUCGUCAUGGACUUCUAUGGACUCGGCCGUACGUGAUGCCCAUUUAGCUGGAGUGGAAAAUGUCAUGCAACUAUGGCAAAACAUUUUUGAUAGAACUCUGCCCUUGUUUAGCGAUCAGGGAAUACGAGGAUCUGUUGAGGAGAUCAACGUCUUGGUAAUGAAAUGGAUUAAACUUGCUCCCAAUACUCAAACCAUUCAAGACAAUUUAAAUACUUUGCUCAAAACUGGCAUGACAGCCAUCACUAGCAAAGUAAGCGCUUCUUCCAACGAAGCUCUUGCAAAUAGACUGGCCGAGACUUGGAUUAGAUUUUAUGGAACUGUGUUGCCCCUGUUUCAGGGAAUCUUUCUUCCUAUACGACUGUCUUUUGAUCUGACAACACUGAAUCCCAAUACCAAUGAAAUGGAGCCAGUUGAUGUCAGAAAAAUGGCCCUUACUUCGUUUCGUAACUAUGUUGUAUGGCCGAACCGAUCUCGAUUGCAUGAUGUACUGCUUAAACGGUUUUCUUCAGUCGAGCACAGUAUUAUGGGUACAGAUGUAAUUGCUAGAUUGACUCAGAUGCUUCUAUUGCUUAAUUCACUGUUGUUGAAUGACGAUAAACACAAGGCAGUGUGUGAUUUGCUGUGUGUUCUACGACAGCAGUUAGAAACGCGAAAACUAGACAGCGUGAUGUCCACAUCUUGCAAACUCCAAACUAUUCCAUUUAACCCACGAAAUAGUACCAAGUUACCACAUCUCUGCAUACAAUAUAUCAAUAAACGUAACUAUAUUGACUUUAAAUGA